AUGUCUGGUUGGUUUUCCUUCCCGACAAUGUGCUACCUUGGGUCCAAUAAAAACACCCCAGUUUAUAUUCCGCGUCUUGGAUGCCACGAGUAUAAAGAAGGAAAAUUUUUCUUUCUUUUCCCUCUUACUUUUUCUCACACUUAUUACAACUUCCCACACAACCAAGACAUGUCUUCUAAACUACUUUUCAAUUCUCUUGGGUUGGGUACUGUUGGUACUGCAUUGUUUUUUUGGGGUAAAUCAUCAGCAACUCCUCAAGAACCAGUUUCAAACUCAAAUUUACCAGUUCAAUACAGUAAACCAUCCAAUGGUGUAUUUGAUCCAUCCAUUGUUAAUCCACAAGGUUUCUUCAAAUUUGGAUUCCCGGGUCCAAUUCAUGAUUUAGGUAAUAGAAGUGAAUUUGUCAGUUGUUAUGAUAGAGCUACUAGAAAUCCAACCUGGGUUGUUGAACACAUAACCAAAGAAUCUAUUGCUAAAGAAAAUCAAAAUGGUGAUAGAAAGAGAUCAGUUUUCAAGGAAGAUGAAGCUAUUCCAGUUAAAUUUAGAAACAAAUUGCGUGAUUAUUUCCGUAGUGGUUAUGAUCGUGGUCAUCAAGCACCUGCUGCUGAUGCCAAAUUCAACCAAUUGGCUAUGGAUGAAACUUUCUUUUUAACUAAUAUGUGUCCACAAGUUGGGGAUGGAUUUAACCGUGAUUAUUGGAGUCAUUUUGAAGAUUUUGCAAGAAGAUUAACAAACAAGUAUGAUGAUGUUAGAAUCAUGACCGGUCCUUUGUACUUGCCUAAAAAGGGAGAAGAUGGGAAAUACAGAGUUACCUACGAAGUUAUUGGAUCACCUCCAAAUAUUGCUGUCCCAACCCAUUUCUUUAAAUUAAUUGUUGGUGAAACCAAAGGAUCGGAUAAAAUCAGCUGUGCUGCCUUUGUUAUGCCAAAUGAUGUUAUAGAUAACAAUACACCAUUAACUAGUUUCCAAAUACCUAUUGAUGCUUUAGAAAGAUCCAGUGGUUUAGAUUUGUUGCAUAAAGUUCCUUACUAUAAUAAAAAUGAUUUGUGUAAAGAAGUCAAAUGUGAAAUUAUCGUUAGAGAAUUCCCAAAACAAGUAAAUAAUGUAUUAGCUUUACCAGGUAAAUAG